AUGGAGCCCGUAGAGCGUGUUGACUCGCUUGGUGGAUCUGACGUUGUGAGCGAUGUCAGCGAAGUGAGUGUCGAUUCGGAUGAUUAUGAAGUUGACGUUUCUGUAUCGGAUGACGGCUUCGGCGACGACUUUGAAAAGGACCCUCAUAAAGUGGACGCUGAUGAUAUCCACGGCAGAGUGGACUUGACCGAUCUGGCUUCAGUGAAGACUCGUAUCGAGAGUUUAUGCGGUAUUUUGUCCAACUGGUCCUCCGCAUCUAAGAAUGGAAUUGCAACUAAAAAGCGAAGCUCCUAUGUGUCGCAAUUGCAGAGGAUGGUUAGUGCUUACUACGGUUACUCUGAUGAGUUGGCUGAAUACUUCAUGAGGCUCUUCAGUCCAACUGAGGCGAUUCAAUUUUUUGAGGCUAACGAGAGACCUUUGCCAAUGACGUUAAGAGUGAACACAUUGAAGACUCGGCGCAAGGAACUUGCCGCGGCACUCAUCGCCCGUGGAGCCAAUGUUGACCCUGUUGGGGAUUGGAGCAAAGAGGGUCUAGUGGUUAAUUCGUCGCAGGUACCCAUUGGUGCCACCCCGGAGUAUUUGGCGGGGCACUACAUGAUGCAGUCUGCUGCGUCUUUCAUACCUGUUUUGGCGCUGAACCCCAAAGAGGGUGAGAAGGUACUGGAUAUUGCAGCUGCCCCUGGUGGUAAGGCAACACACAUUGCCCAGCUAAUGAACAAUGGCGGUGUUUUGUACGCUAACGACGUGAAUAAGGAGCGAUGCACCGCUCUCGUGGCUAACAUUCACAGACUUGGGAUAACUAACACGAUUGUGACCAACUACGAUGGUCUGGACCUCAAGAGGGUCCUACCACCUCUUGAUCGCGUGCUGUGCGACGCUCCUUGUUCUGGUUUAGGUGUAAUAUCGAAAGAUCCAUCGGCUAAAGUGAAACGUACAUUGCUGGACUUGAAACAGAACGCUGAUUUGCAGAAACGUCUUUUAUUGUCUUGCAUCGACAUGCUCCAGACAAAUCCUAAAAAUGGGAACUGCGUGGUCUAUUCCACAUGUAGUGUUUCUGUUGAAGAGAACGAGGAUGUUAUAGAUUAUGCGUUGAAGAUGCGUGACGUCAAGUUGGUACCACUCGGUGUGGAGGCUGGAUCCCCUGCCUUGUCAAAUUUCCGUGGUCGCCACUUUCACCCAUCUAUCGGCCAGCAUGCACGACGUUUUUAUCCUCAUCUUCACAAUUUGGAUGGUUUCUUUGUGGCUAAAUUGGUAAAGCUUAGCUCCAAGGUGCCUACUUUGACUAAGCGUUACCGUGAACCACGACACUAUUCAACUGGUGGUUCUGAGCCCUCUCCCAAGAAUCGUAAAACUGACACUUCUAAGAAGUGGAAUCAGAAUAACCCUGGGAAGGGUAAGGGUGGUCCUUCCAAAUCGUUGGAGAAGUCUGAUUUUGGUGACAGUCCUGUGGAUACCGAUGUGAAGAAAUCAAACUUUAAGGACGAUUCUUCAUUUCCCGAGGACAGUGUAUCGGCAUCUGCGUCUCGACAUCGUAAUGAGAAACGUGUUUCAAAGGACUCUAAUAUGCGGGAACCCGCAGAAUCCAGGACGAGCGAAGUCAACACUCGGGGCUCCAAAGGGAACGUUCGAACUAGAAGGAGCGGUCGUAAGGCCACAAGGGGUGGCAGCUCUGCAUCUAAGAGGCGACGUUAG